CUACAGUUCAGAUUUGGGAAAGCAGCCCCGAAGGAUGCCUAAGCGUCGCCAGGCUGCCCAGGAGCUGUCCAUUCAGCGCCGCUCCGCCCUCAACGUGAGACUCUUCCUCAGAGACUUCUGCUCUGAGUUCCUGGAGAACUGUUAUAACCGGCUCAUGGGCUCAGUGAAGGAUCAUCUGCUGCGGGAGAAGGCUCAGCAGCAUGACGAGACCUACUACAUGUGGGCCUUGGCUUUCUUCAUGGCCUUCAACCGAGCUGCCUCCUUCCAGCCAGGCCUGGUUUCUGAGACCCUCAGUGUCCGUACCUUCCACUUCAUUGAGCAGAACCUCACCAACUACUAUGAGAUGAUGCUGACGGACCGCAAGGAAGCUGCCUCCUGGGCACGGCGGAUGCACCUGGCCCUGAAGGCCUAUCAGGAGCUGCUGGCCACAGUGAAUGAGAUGGACAUGUCCCCGGACGAGGCUGUGAGGGAGAGCAGCCGCAUCAUCAAGAACAACAUUUUCUAUGUGAUGGAGUACCGAGAGCUGUUCCUGGCACUCUUUCGAAAGUUUGAUGAGAGAUGUCAACCACGCUCUUUCCUUCGUGACCUGGUAGAAACCACUCACCUCUUCCUCAAGAUGUUAGAGCGGUUCUGUCGGAGCCGUGGGAACCUGGUGGUGCAGAACAAACACAAGAAGAGAAAGAAGAAAAAGAAGGUCCUAGAUCAGCCUGUUGCUUCUGAUAACGUUUCCUAUGGCUCAGGGGAACUAGAAGCUAUGUGGCCAUCCCUGGCCGAGCAGCUUCAGUGCUGUGCCCAGGAUCCUGAGCUCAGUUUGGACUCCAUGGUUCCCUUUGAUGCGGCCUCAGAGGUGCCAGUGGAAGAGCAGCGGGCAGAAGCCAUGGUGCGGAUCCAAGACUGUCUCCUGGCUGGCCAGGCCCCACAAGCCCUAACCCUCCUUAGGUCUGCCCGGGAGGUGUGGCCAGAGGGAGAUGUGUUUGGCUCUCAAGACAUUUCUGCAGAGGAAGAGAUCCAGCUGCUGAAAGAGAUCCUCUGUGCCCCGCUUCCCCGGCAGCAGAGGCCAGAGGAACAAGGGGCAGAGGAAGAAGAGGAAGAGGAGGAGGAGGAGGAGGAGGAGGAAGAGCUGCAAGCGGUCCAGGUGUCAGAAAAAGAAUUCAAUUUUCUGGACUACCUGAAACGUUUUGCAAGCUCAACUGUUGUGCGAGCCUACGUGCUGCUGCUGCGGAGCUACCGGCAGAACAGUGCCCACACUAACCACUGCAUUGUCAAGAUGCUGCACCGGCUGGCCCAUGACCUCAAAAUGGAAGCCCUCCUCUUCCAGCUCUCCCUCUUCUGCCUCUUCAACCAUCUGCUUAGUGACCCGGCUGCUGGCGCCUAUAGAGAGCUAGUGACUUUUGCCAAGUACAUCCUGGGCAAGUUCUUUGCAUUGGCUGCAGUCAACCAAAAAGCCUUUGUGGAGCUGCUGUUCUGGAAGAACACAGCUGUGGUUCGAGAGAUGGCCGAGGGCUAUGGCUCUCUGGAUGGCGGAUCUUCUAGUCGCAGACCCCCUAUGUGGAGCCCAGAGGAGGAGGCCCAGCUUCAGGAAUUGUACCUCGCCCAUAAGGAUGUGGAAGGUCAGGAUGUAGUAGACGCCAUCUUGGCACACCUGAAAACCCCUCGGACACGCAAGCAGGUCAUCCACCAUCUGGUACAGCUGGGACUGGCUGACAGUGUCAAGGACUUCCAAAGGAAAGGAACCCAGAUAGUACUAUGGACAGAAGAUCAGGAACUGGAGCUGCAGCGCCUUUUUGAGGAGUUCCAGGACUCAGAUGAUGUGCUUGGUCAUAUCAUGAAGAACAUCACAGCCAAACGCUCACGGGCCCGAAUAGUGGAUAAGCUGCUGGCUCUGGGGCUGGUGGCUGAACGGCGGGAGCUAUAUAAGAAACGCCGGAAGAAGCUGGCGCCCUCGAGCUUGCCUAAUGGAGAGGAGUCCCUGAAAGAUUUUCACCAGCAAGAUCUGGAAGAAGAGGAGGACCUGCCAGAGGAAGAGAGUGAAGAGGAUGAAGAGAAAGAGGAGGACUCAGAAGCAGAGCAAGCCCAGGAUAGCUCAGUGCUUUCAACUGAAAACCUUGGGCAAAGCCUGUAUCAGGAAGGUGAGGACUUGGGCUGGGAGGGGUUAGUAGUGUGAGCCAAUUCUAAGUUUCCCUCCUUCCCUUAGGCUUUUCUGCUCCCCUUCUGUGGCUCCAGAACUGCCUGAUUCGAGUAGCAGACGAUCGAGAACAGGAUGGCUGCUCGCAGCCAGUGCCUUUGGUGCCGCU